AUGCGAGAAGCCAUAGGAAAGCAUUGUGUUUGCUGUAAAGAAAUAGCAUCGGUUCUUUUAGCACAAAGUUCAUUCUGUUCUGGGUGCUUUACAGAACGGCUUGAGAAGGGAUUCUUUGCUGAGAUUAGAAAAGCACUCUCACAUACGUUCAGAAAUAAAGUCAGAAAAGUUCUUGUUGUAAUUGAAAAGAAUCGGCUUUCUUCUGAAGUAAUUCAGAAAAUCAUUAAUAAGAGUGAUUCUGCUAUGAUAGAGUAUCACUACUGUACGUUUUCCAAUGAUGAAAAUGAUUUCUGUGGAAAUAAUUAUAUACGCAUUGAAUCAAAGGAAAAUACGCACAGUUCUCGCGUUGAAGCAUUAAAGGAGUACAGCUUUAAUAACAACUACAGCUGUAUUGUGCUUAGUCACUAUUCUGUGGAGGUUGCUUAUGAAAUAUUAAAGAUGAUUACAAAUGGAGAAGUUGUUCAGUAUACAAAAGCUUUCAAGGGUGACCGGAUCGUGUCUGUGUGUUAUCCGUUUUAUUCUGUUUCUUAUAAGUCUAUUGCUUACUUCUCUUUCUAUUCUGGUAUUUUGGCAGAGCCAUUCCGUAUUAAAUCCGAUAUAAUAAAGGAAAAAGAGAACCAGGCACAUAUGGCACUCCUGCGAGAUUUAUUAAAGAAUUCCCCUGCGAGUAUUUUAAACCUAAUAAAAGUACAGCAGAGAGUAGAGGAUUUAUAGGGUUUAUACACAAUAACUAAAACUCAUAGAACAUAAAGUAGAUUAUUUAGAUUGUUGUUACUAUUUAUAUAGUGCUUUGCUUGAAAAUUAGUAAAACCGUUUUUUGCUUGCUUUUGAUUUUUGUAGUAUUUCAGUGCGUGCUAGAAUAUUUUACUCUAAUGCAUGAUUUUAUCACUAUUUAUUGCACAAAUACCAAUAAAUACUCUUAUACCUGAGUUAUUUAUUACACAAAUA